AUGAAGUUACAAACAGGAGCUACUUCCGUGUUGGAGAGAACUUCGCACUACUUAAAGGCGGGUCUGUUAAGGGAAAGACCUGCGUGGUUCAACGUAGUUGGAUCCAACCCUCCCAUGACCGACUUGACCAAAAAGGCCAAACUCUUCCAAGCAGAGAAUCCAAGAAAAGAUCCUGGUGAAUCCAUUUACCAAAAGAAGAACCGCCAAUAUCAUUUCAACAAAGUCCAAUAUAAAACAAGAACAAGUUCGGUAGAUAGGAAACACAGACAUGAUGUGGUAUCCAAGUUACCCAAGUUAAACUUCUUGGAAGAUCAAUUAAGAGAUGUUUUCUACCACCAACAUCCAUGGGAAUUCGCAAGACCAAAGGUGUUAGUAGAGAAUGAGGGUAAUGAUAAUGACACCUGUAACUGGUCGCAUAUGUUACAAUUGUCUAAACCAUUGGAUGGUGAAUCUGUCGUCCAAAGAACCUUGUGGUUGUUGAAAGAUUCAAAGAAACAAAAAGGAGAAGCUAGCCAACCGUUAUCUUUAUUCGAAGCCUACGACAAGGCCAGAUUCGAAUUUUAUAGGUUGAGAAUGGAUGAAGAAAUGAGCAGCACUGUAUCCAAGGAAGAAUCCACCAUGCUUGGUACCGUGUUCAAUACUACUCACCUAGACUGGGGUGUGGCACAGGAACAACAAUUUGUUGACGUUUGGGCACAAGUAGCCACGGAACAGACUCAAAUCUACGAAGCUCAAAGAGGAGGUAAAAUGGCUAGCCAUGGUUCCAUGGGAGCCGAAGAAGAUGAAGCUGUAAACGACUCAUCUGCAUGGGUGGCAGCUGAAGAGAAGGUUGAGUAA